AUGGAGCCGGAUCUGGAAGCAGGGGCGUCACCCCAUGCCCCCACCGUUUCGGCGAAGUUCGUCGUCCUCCGCCUCAUCGGCCUCCUCUGCCUCGUCAUGCUGACAUGCGUGUUACUGGCCGCGUUCAUGGCCUUGUUGGAGGCUAUCCCCAAAAGCGACAGAUAUCAGAUCCUCCGUGUCCCCACUUUCUCGGUCGAUCUCGCCGGCUUCGACGGGCUCGACGGCCGGACGCUGGCGCCCAGCAUCUCACCAGCGUUCAACCUCACGCUCCACGGCGUCAGCAACCACAGCUCGGGGCCGUCGUCGUGGGUCUGCCAGGAGCGCGGGACGGUGGCGGUCUCGUACGCGGGGGCGGUGCUCGCCUGGGGCCGCGUGCCCGGGUUCUGCUUUGGCGAGCACGCCCACGAGCGCGCGGGGAUGGUGGCGCUCGGCGCCGGGGUUGGGCUGUCCGACGAGCUGCGCGACCGCAUGGCGUCGGAGAGGCGGUCGCGGUCCGCGGUGGUGGACGUGGACAUCGUGCUGGGCUGGAUCGCGGAGGAGUCCCACUACCUGAAGAGGUUGCUGUCGUGCCGGGUGAAGCUGGAUGAGCCGUCGCCGCGGCCAUAUCCCUGCAAAGUCCUUGUAUCGUAUCCCUGGUGA